GAUGCUGGCUGGGCGGGGCUACGAGCAGGGGCGGGGCUGGCCGGGCCAUGGCCGAGAGCGCCCCGGGGUCACGGGGUUCUGACCAUGCCGGCCCUGGCACGGGGCUCCCUUCCCCGGUGGGGGGCCCAGGGACUGCCUCUCCCCACUCCCCCCACACCUCCCAUCCCCGGGAUGCUGCGGGUGAGGAGUCGGACAGUGACACUGAGACCCCCACCUCGAGCGUGACCUGCAGCGAGGAGGAGGAGGAAGAGGAGGAAGGCCACCAGUGGAAGGUGGGCGAUGCCUGCAGCGCGAUCUGGAGGGGGGACGGCCUGCUGUACCCCGCUCACCUGCGGGCGCUGGACCCCAACGCCGGCACCUGCCUGGUGGAGUUUGACGGCUACGGCAACACUGAGGAGCAGGUGUUGGCCGAUCUGCUGCCCCCCCGCCCUGGGUCCUGGGGGGUGAAGGGCACCCUAAGGGGCGAGGGUGGCCCCUUGGCGUGGGAGCCACUUCCAGGUGUGAGGAGGAAGGGCCAGCAGGCACCCUGCUCCCCGCAGCCCCUCAAGGCGAUGCCCACCACCCCACUGCGCACAGUCUGGGAGGAAGAGGAGGAACAAGAGGCUUUGACUGCGAUGCUGAUGUCCUGGUACAUGAGUGGCUACCACACUGGCUUCUACAUGGGUCUCCGGGAAGGCCGAGCAGAGGCUGCUGAGCCCCCCCCGAGGCCGGGCCACCAACAGAAGAAGGCCCAGCGCAGCUAGGAGGGCAGCUGGAUCCGUCUUACUGUGCCACACUGGAGCCAUCGAGCAGCGUCACGCUCCCACUCUCCCUUCGCUUGUGGAGGGGUUCCCCCAGGGGUCCUGGUUGCAGGAAGAGGGGCAGCAGCGUUCCCCCCGCCCCCAGCUGGCUCUG